AUAAAAGACUGGAUCGCACACAUGAAGAGGCCACACAAAAGCCGACAGUAAGGUAUGGUCGGAAUACACAAAGAUCUCCUAGUACUCCUAUUCCUCUGCAGUUCGUCUGCUUCACGGAUUCACGUCCGUCCUGUUGCAUCGGAAGACGAUGCACCUUUACCUGGGAACUACAGAUCUCAUCUGAAGAGGCCGUUAGGGGGCGUGUACGGAGGGCCGUUCAAAGUUGGAAGACGUCUCGCCGAGUCACACUCCGAGAACAUCCAUGUCGCAUCAAAAAGACCUUUUGGUAGAAUAUUUGGUAAUCCCGACGGGUUAGGGAGGCGAGGAUACCCGGCUCUGGAGAAGCAGUACGACAUGAAACAUUCAACAGAGAGAAUAUUUGGGAGUUACAUGCAAGGGAAAGGUGUAGCUGAUGACAACGUAGUGAAACGUCCCUUUGGGUCUGUUUACGGACGGUCAUAUAAAAUGGGUAAACGUCCCUUUGGGUCCGUUUACGGACGGUCUUAUAAAAUGGGUAAACGUCCCUUUGGAGGGGUGUAUGGAAAGUCAUAUAAAAUGGGCAAGAGAUACGCACUUCCACUGUAUGCUCACCUUGAGGAAAAAAGACCGUUCGGUAAAGUGUAUGGAAAAUCAUACCAAUAUGGGAAAAGACCGUUUGGCGGAAUAUAUAGAAAGAAUUAUGGGAAAACAUCGUUCAACAAAUAUCGCAAGGAUCAAGAAUUGCACAUGCCCUUCAUGGAUAUUGCGUCAUUACGUCGUGAAUUAGAGAAUAGUGUAGGGCAUAAGCAACAUGCAAAACGACUUUUUGGAAUAGUACUGAACAGCAAAACAAUUCUUGGAAAACGUCACGACGAUUAUGCAGAUUCAACGACAGAGAAGCUCCCAUUUGGCCCGAUAUACAGCCCAGCCCGCUCAUUCAGUAAACGUACUUUUCCUCGAACAAGUGGCUACCCUAAUGAUUUCCUAAUGCUGUUAAAGAGACCUUUUGGUCAAGUGUACGGUACAUCGUACAGACCUGGAAAAAGAUCUCCGAGAUUUUACGACUUAAAAAAGCGAUCUGCUGAUACAUCCGUUGUUGUAGUUGUUGAUGGGUACGGACAACCCAUUCUUCUUACAGAAACCACCGCCCAGGAUGAGCGUCAUCCCACCUACAUUCAAAGUAUGGCUAAUGGAGAUGAAGAAAGCCUCUAUCUGACAAAUGGAGCACCAUACACUUACGACAUUGACGUUCCAGAUUCUCAAAGCAGUCUGUCCACUGUGUUUGAAAACGGCGAAGAGCAACAAGGAGGGAUUUACUCAGACAAUGAUGACGUCAUGAAAGAGGGCGACUUCCAAGUGGAGGUGUAUGACAGCAACGGAAGUGAUGACGAUAAUGAAAAUCUGAGCAUUUCUGAACACAUCGAAUUUCCGGAGCAUCCAUAGGCAAUGUUGCACGUAACUGGACAUUCAUAAACAAAUGUUUUAAAGAGAAAAUUCGGAAUUAAAACGAAAAAGGUCUUUCUAACAUAUCUUUAUGCAAGAAAGAUGUUUAUUCUAUGGUGAUGUUUCUUGCAUGUACAAAGCGCAGUCAUUGCACAAGACGUCAAGAUAUGUGUAUAAUUUGUAAAGAUUUUACAAAACAAUGACGGGGCUGGUCGACUGAAAGUAAUACUGUAUAACUGGACUUUUAGAAUUCCCAAGAAAGUUAAGUUAUGUAGAUUUUUAUUUUAAGUAAUAAAAAAUUGUCUGUAGAUUUUUAUUUUAAAAAAUAAAACUAUGUUCGAAAGAC